UUAGCGAUGACAUUUCAAUGCGAUGUUAAUGCUACAUGUGUGGACAAUAUUGGCUCAUACACAUGUAGAUGCAAUGCUGGUUACACAGGAAAUGGGAAAACCUGCUCAGAUACUGAUGAAUGUAGCAUUGGAUUACAUAGUUGUGCUGGCAAUGCUACAUGUGCAAACUCAGUGGGUUCAUACAAUUGUAACUGUAAUGUUGGCUAUGAGGGAAUUGGCACUAUCUGCUCCAAUGCUAAUGAAUGUCUGACUGGCAAGCACCAGUGUGAUGGCAAUGCGACAUGCGUGGACACUGUUGGUUCAUACACGUGCACGUGUAAUGCUGGGUAUAUGGGAAAUGGAAGUCACUGCUCAAAUGCUGAUGAAUGUGUAUCAGGUAAGUACCAAUGUCAUGGCAAUGCUACCUGUAUGGACACUGUGGGUUCAUACGCAUGUGAAUGUAACACUGGAUACAUGGGCAAUGGAACAUUCUGCUCCGAUGUUAAUGAAUGUAACAGUGGAGAACAUCGGUGUGAUGGUAAUGCUACAUGCACCAACUCAGUGGGUUCAUACAAAUGCGAAUGUAACAUUGCUUAUCAGGGAAACGGCACACAUUGCACAUUGGAAUCCAAAUUCUGUGGACCCUUCUCCCUUCCGAAUCUUGCCGACACCAUUGCUUCAAUCGACACACUUGGCAAGUUGGGUGACCGUAUUGUUAUUGCCUGUGCCCUUGGGUACUAUCUGAUCAAAGGAACUAACUACACAGAUGUAUACACUUGCUCAAUUCAAAAUGAUCAGGGAAGGUGGCAAGGUGACGCAACUUGCAUGAUUGAAGAAGCAGCUUCCCCACUCACCAGUACAUACGUCAUAGCGAUAUCUGUGUCUUCUAGCAGUCUUCUUCUUGGAUUUAUAGUCAUCGCCUUCCUGAUCAAGUCGCGUCAGCACCAGCAUGCGGAUAGCUUGAACAUCAAGAAGUCUGGCGCAGGAGCAAUGGCUCGCCGGAAACGUGAGUCAACUUCCAGUGUGACAACGAUGCUGACCGAAGUAGGCGGAGAGGACAAGCCAGGUAUGACUAAACAAGACAGUAAGCUGAACAAAUCUGCAUCUGUGUCGUACCAGAACCAGAACGGGAAGGCCAACGCUACACACUCAACUGCAGCAGAUGGCAAGGCGCAGUACUAUAACGGCGCAGGGCAACGUCUAGAUGGCGAAAUGGAAAUUUACAAUGACUUGAAGUAUCAGUCUGCAAAGUAUGUUGCAGUGGCAGGUGCACAAUCAGAGGAUGAAUACAUCUUGGCAGACUCCCAACUGUACCAUGAGGCAAAGGGAUCGCGCAAUGCAGGUAUUGCCGGAAUUUACGAAGGCAGUUAUGUGGAGGCAAAACAUGGAAUGGAUUCCACAUGGUACAAUGAUGUGUUUCCCGAAGCACGCGGUCAGACCAGCGGUGAAUUUAACGGGAACAGAGUCUCUAAAAGUUCGUCACAUGGUGACCUAUGCACAGGAGGAAAAUAUGAAAAGCCAUCGGUCCAGAAGAGACAUGCAGGCUACUCCAAUGAAGUCACAGGAGAUGAUAAUUAUCCAUACGGUAACAGCAUGUCUCCGCCUGAGCAUCAUGGACUUGCUCCCGACUCUGCCUUCGGCCUUGACGUUAGCUGGAAUGCAUCUCGUUGGGGUAGUGACUAUCUCUAUGGAAACAGCGUAUCGCCCACUGAUUCGCGUUCUGCCUCGCCAGAAAAAAAACACCGCAAAAGUGCGCCGGUUCGGAAAAGAAGAGAUGACGACUCAAACAUGUGGGUUGCAGGGUCGCAAGGUGUGUCUGCUGCCAGCGAUGGUGACCUGUAUGGAAACGAGCUAUCUCCCUCAACCUCUCUCAGUCAUAUUACUACAAUUGGCAAUGCUGGCUCGGAUGGGGGGUCAACAAGUCAUCCUAGACUCACACGCGCCGGCAAAGGUCAACAGAAGCCAAACGUGAGAACUGAUGGGGAUUAUUUACGCUCGUUGGAUAUUCACUCGUCUGCUGAGGUAACGGCCAAGAAACGAAGCAAACCUACUGGAGCAAAAGGUGGCCAUGCGUACAUGGCGCCAAAAGAUUGUAAGUACGAAUCGGGAAUAGAUUACUGUCGCCCGGUUUCCACUGGUACUACUGCCACCGCCAUGAGCGUUUCCAAUGGGGGCAAUGACGGCCAAGCAUACAUGGAAACUGGUGAUGCCCUGUACAGGUCACGAAUGGAAGGCAGUAGCCGACCUUCUACCACGGGCAAAGGCACCCGUCAUUCCAAGCCAGUCAGUGAUAGUCAUGCCUAUGUCGCCACUGCAGGUCUUGAUUCUGCAUAUGGACUAAUUGGUAACGACAGCUUUGCUCAGACUCGCAAGCAGACGACCUUGUCGAAUACCAAUAGCAGUAGCAAAACAAAGAACACUGUGGGGAGAAUUGAUGCCCUUGCCUCGACAGGUACCAGUGAACCAAAAUCCAAACAGGGAUACGAAAAGGCCAGGAGAAAACCAGAUGGGUUGUACGUAGAGCUUUCCGAGAGGAAAUGAAUAAUCUAUGGCGGUACCCACUAGCAAUGGAGCAAAGGGCGUCCAGUGAGCCCCUCAACAGAUGGCAGUGCAGCCCCAGAAAUUUUCGGCAAACUUUUACUCAGGAGCUGGUCUCCCAAUGAAGCCACUAUAUGAAACAAAAGACCUAAGCUGAUUACUUCAUCUUCCGGUUCUGUGGGCGUGCUUUAAAGUCCUAGUUUGGCAACUAAGAAGAGAGGCACCAUAUCAAUGGUGCAACAGUUACUAAGAAACACCAUAUCAAUGGCGCAACAGUUACUAAGAAACACCAUAUCAAUGGCGCAACAGUUACUAAGAAACACCAUAUCAAUGGCGCAACAGUUACUAAGAAACACCAUAUCAAUGGCGCAACAGUUACUAAGAAACACCAUAUCAAUGGCGCAACAGUUACUAAGAAACACCAUAUCAAUGGCGCAACAGUUACUAAGAAACACCAUAUCAAUGGCGCAACAGUUACUAAGAAACACCAUAUCAAUGGCGCAACAGUUACUAAGAAACACCAUAUCAAUGGCGCAACAGUUACUAAGAAACACCAUAUCAAUGGCGCAACAGUUACUAAGAAACACCAUAUCAAUGGCGCAACAGUUACUAAGAAACACCAUA